UUGUCUGGGUGUGUCCCUGUGGCUCUGGGAUCUCACCAGGGGGACAACAACCCGACGCUUUGUGGGUCACACCAAGGAUGUGUUGAGCGUCGCGUUCUCGUCGGACAACCGACAGAUCGUCUCGGGCUCUCGUGACAAGACCAUCAAGCUCUGGAACACCCUGGGGGUCUGCAAGUACACUGUGCAGGAUGAGAGCCACUCGGAGUGGGUGUCGUGUGUUCGCUUCUCCCCCAACAGCAGCAACCCCAUCAUCGUGUCCUGUGGGUGGGACAAGCUGGUCAAGGUGUGGAACUUGGCCAACUGCAAAUUGAAGACGAACCAUAUUGGACACACGGGAUACCUCAACACUGUCACUGUGUCUCCUGACGGAUCCCUCUGCGCUUCCGGGGGCAAGGAUGGUCAGGCCAUGCUGUGGGACCUCAACGAGGGCAAACACCUCUACACCUUGGACGGAGGAGACAUCAUCAACGCUCUUUGCUUCAGCCCCAACCGCUACUGGCUCUGCGCGGCCACCGGGCCCAGCAUCAAGAUCUGGGACCUGGAGGGGAAAAUCAUCGUGGAUGAGCUGAAGCAGGAGGUGAUCAGCACCAGCAGCAAAGCUGAGCCACCACAGUGCACGUCCCUUGCCUGGUCAGCCGACGGACAGACUCUGUUUGCCGGUUACACAGACAACCUGGUGCGAGUGUGGCAGGUCACCAUCGGCACCCGCUGAGGUCCCUCCUGGUCACCACCAC